AUGGUUCGAGAGAGCGCAAGACUAAAGCAGAAAGCGGCUGACGAAGCUGCGGCUGCGGGCUCAACUCCGCAAGUUCUUCUCGUCAAUCCCACUCUCCUAGCAAACUGGCCCGCUCAUCCGACGACGCCAGCAGAGUUCAAUGCAUGGAUGGUCGAAACCAAGGCUGCGCUGCUGAAAUGGCUGAACGAAGCCGCUGCGCAGGCUCGAGAUCCAGAUAUUAAGGAUAAGAUCGACGAUUACGAGAAGGAAGCUAGGGAAAGAUGGCUACCGUUCGAAGAAGAGACUGAUGUAGAAACCGGCGAAAUUCACGACCCGAUACGGCGCGCGGAGAUGGAUGAAGCUGUGGUUGAAGAGAGGAAGAAUUGCUCAGAACUACACAAAACACAUGAGACGUGGAGGAAGUUCGUUGAGUAUAGACACGCGCUGCAAGCGUGGGAAGACUUCUUGUACUACCAAAAUGUGUGGAAUAGAAGGUAUUAUGUACCCGGGAAGAUAUACUCAGAAGACCCGAAAGGGAAAAAGGGCCCAGCAUCACUGGAGACAUCGAAUGAAAGAGCUAGAGGAGAAAGCGAAAAGCCAGGAGAAAAAGCUCCCAAAAAGACUAAAGGCAAAGCCAAAGCCAAAGAUGCCCCCGUGGGUACUCCGGAUCAAGAAAGCACGAACCGAACAGACAUCGAAUACCACAACCAGCCCUUCCAAGGUAUAUACAACGGUUGGAUGUGGAAUAUGAUCGCCCUGUACCAGCAGGCUCGUCUAGGCUAUCGCAAGCGCAUCCCCGCCGUCGUUGCACCCCAGGAUGCGCAUCGAUACUCUCAGCCGCCCCGUGGUACCACACCACAAGACACACCAAGCUACCAACAUCGCCAUCGCCACCUUGAAGAAAGAUUUCCCCGCAGAAAAAGGAAGCAAAUCGAUACCAACGAAGUCGAAGAACGGUGUCGCAGAAAAGCGGAGCGUAAGCUCGAUAUCCGACUCGAAAGAGCCCGUAGGAUGGAGCCGAUCACAUGGAGCAUUGACGAGAAGGCCUACGAAACCAUGAAAGCCGAGAAAGAAACCGAAUACAGCCAAAACCCACUGACCAUAUCUCUCCUCCCAGACGACCACCAAACCCACCACGGCAGUCUAGAAACAAGUUUCAACUGGCCCACAUCCUUCGACACCCCCGUCUCCACCAUCCUCAAGACCACAAAAACGCGAGACCACGUCUACGAACCUCUCAGCGACCCCGAGCACGACCCCUCCGACCCCAAAAGCAGAAAGAGGUUUCUGGGCUACAAGAAAGACGAAAACGGAGAGCGUAUCAAGAAAAUCGAUAGCCGACCACACUACCAGCGCGAAACAAUCAUGCAAGAAGGCCUCGUCUUCCAACACCAAAUGCGCGCCGAUGGAACGGUCAAAGGGCGAAACCGCACCGGUGAAUGGAUAGGAGAUUGGGUACCGGGUCAGAUAGCGACACCCGUUUGGGUUUACGAUGAGGACGGGAACCGUAUUCUCUUACCGCCGCGAUAUGAAUCGAGGAAUAGAUUUUCUACUUUCCUCGUUCGAGAAUCGCAUAUCAGGGAGACGCGGCGCCAGCGCCAUCAAGAUGCAGAGAGGGAGUAUGAGGUAUCGGAUGAUGAGGACGAGGGCUGUGUACACUCGAAUGCCAAUUUCUCGAGGUCGGGGAAUGUUAAUCCCGAUUUGUUGGGUAAUCCUUGGGCGUACAACCUCGAUAGCGGCGGAGAAGGGGAAGGUGCUGAUCACCCGGGUGAUAGCGAUGACGAUGAGAGUGACGAUGACGGCGAUUUGUUUGCGGAGUCGUAUAGGGAGUGCUCGGAGAGUCCCGCGACGAGACAAGCGCGGUUGUUGUUGGAGGAUAUGCGGGAGAGGUUUGGUGUGCUUGAGAGCUGGACUGUGGAAACUGUUAGAGAUUUACAACGGGACGGUAAUGACGGUUCCGUGGUUGUUGAAGAUGAGGAGAUUGUUGAUUGGUAUAAGAGCGAGACGGAGAGGCCGUAG